CAUCAGAUAAAAAAAUUUAAAAAGAAAAACUUAAGACCCAAAACCCGUCCUCUCUCUCUCUCUCUCACUCUCACACGAUGACCUAAAUACAGUGAUCAUGCCGUAUCUUGUUCGUGAGAAUCUAUUCCUCGGCAACAUCCGCGAUGCGACAGAGGUUAUCCGAAAUGGCAGCAAAGAGAUCACACAUAUUCUCUGUGCAAUUCCCACAAAGGAAAUCAAGGUCUAUGAUGGCGGGUCUGUUGGUGGGUCAGCUUAUGUUGGUGAUGGGUCGAUAAGCUUUCGUGCAGGCAAGGAUUUGAAGCUGGAGAGGAUGGGGGUUCCGCUAAGAGAUUCGGGCGAUGAGAAUUUAUUGGAUUAUUUGGAUGCGUGUGUGGAUUUUAUUGAUAAGGGUAGAAAAAAGGGUUCUGUUUUGGUGCAUUGCCUUGCUGGUGUUUCCAGAAGUGCAUCUAUCAUUACAGCAUAUCUGAUGAGAACAGAGCAUUUAUCACAAGAAGAUGCACUAGGAUCCCUGAGGCAAAGCUGUGAGUUUGUUUGCCCCAAUGAUGGUUUUCUAGAUCAGCUCAAAAUGUACGAGGAAAUGGGCUUCAAGGUUGAUCGUGCCAGCCCCAUAUACAAGUCUUUUCGCCUGAAAGUAUUGGGUGAAUCUUAUCAUCAUGGGGAUAAAAUAGACAGUUCUAAAUUUGGGGCAGAUCCUGGGUUGCCUGGUGAAGUUGCCUCUGGAGUAAAAACAGCUCAAAAUGGAGGAAAAACUGGUACACCAGCAUUCCGCUGCAAGAAAUGCCGAAGAAUUGUUGCAUUGCAGGACAAUGUUGUGGAUCACAUUCCAGGCGAGGGUGAGAAAUCGUUUGAGUGGCGAAAGCGAAAAAGUAGCAACUUGUCUGAGGAUUCUGAAUGUUCAUCCAUUUUUUUUGAGCCUCGAAGGUGGAUGACAGCAGUUGAAGGAGCACUGGAGGGCAAGGGCAAGUUGUCAUGUGCACAUUGUGAAGCUCGCUUGGGUUACUUCAAUUGGUCAGGCAGCCAAUGCAGUUGCGGGAGUUGGAUCACUGCUGCCUUCCAGCUUCAUAGAAGCCGUGUGGACGUCAGCACUGUCUAAUAUCCGUCAAGGCAAUGCUUCAGUUGAGCCCCUAUCAAGAUAAAGUAUCCAAAACCCCUCUAAGCAAUUGAUGAAAAGGAUGCCAAGUUUAUGGAGUUUCUCUUACUGUGUACCCAGAUCAAAAUUGAGCAGCUGCGGCCAGAGAAAAUGCUUCCUUGAUCUGUGUUAUAUGAGAUUUUGGGGAUUUGGGUUUUGUUUUUCUCAUUUUCCAAUGCAAACUUAGUUUAGGUGCUGAAAAUAUCGUUCUGCAUAACAGGAUAAGUUGAGUUUUGACCAUAUAAUAUGAACAAAAUCCCUGAUUGGGAAAGUAAUUAAUUUUU